AUGUCUAGCCCUAAAGGAAUAACUGAGGACGAAUGUUACCGAAUUUUAUUUGAAGAAAUAUCUUCUAGUGACAGCAGUGUUGACAGUGAUGAAAAUGACCCCACAUUCACGACAAGCUGUGCAAGUUCUAGUCUUGUGUGCAGUCGUGUCGUUCUAAAUUUAAGCAGUUGUCUUCAUGGAAAGAAUCAUAUUAUUUUCAUGGACAAUUAUUUUACAUCAUAUGAUCUGUUCAAGGACCUAAAAUCCAAUGGUGUGUACGCUUGUGGAACAAUAAAUCCCAGAAGGAAAAACAUACCAAAACUCGAGGAGGAAAAGGAACUGGAAAGAGGGGAAUUCGAUUACAAAAUAAGCAAUGAUAGCAUAAUAAUCUAUAGAUGGAAAGAUAACAGGGCAGUCAACUUGAUUUCAACAUGUCAUUCACCAUCAGAUGUGUCCACAGUAACUCGAAAAAUGAAAGAUGGAACAAUAACCAAUAUCACUUGUCCAAUUGUGUUGAAAGACUACAAUUCCAGUAUGAACUAUGUGGAUAAUUUUGAUCGACUAGAGUCAGACUAUGCUAUUGACAGAAAAAGCAAGAAAUGGUGGAUGAGAUUGUUUCUUCACUUUUUAGACUGCAGUGUGACAAACGCUUUCAUUAUGCACAAAGAAAUCGAAAUGGAGCAGUUCUCCAAUAAAGCCUUCCGUCGAGAGGUGUACAAAAACUCGUUGGCUCCAAAAAUAGUAGCAGCUAAUUUUGCUUCUGUAUCCCAUACUAGCAUAGCACCCCGGAUCAAAUCACACAAACCAUACGUAGACGAAAGUAUUCGCCACAAAAGCAGUAAACAACAACAAAUUCACUCCUCAUCUAGAAGAUGCGCAGUUUGCAGUUCAAAGAAAAAUCCAGUGCAAACAGUGUGGAUGUGUUCAGUGUGCAAAGUACCUUUGUGUCUGAGAGCAGGCAACAAUUGUUUCAAGAGAUACCAAGAAAAUUAA